UGCCCCUGCUCGGCCAUGACAGCGGGACCCCGCGGCCGCCGCCGCCGGCAGCGCCCCGGGCCGCGGCUCUCGCCCGGGACGGGCGGCCAGGACGCUGUCAUGCAGGACCCUACCCCGGAACGCGCCGAGGAGAGCCGGGCGGGGGCCUCGGCGGAGGGCGGCGGGGCCUUCUGCCUGCAGAGGGUGUUUGAGGAGGUGCAGGGCUCCUCGCAGCUGAGCGCGGCGCCGGCGGAGCCGCCGGCCGUGACGGUGGUGGCGGUGGAGCGGUACCUGGCGCAGGCGCCGCCCGCCGCCCCCCGCCAGUACUGGUACGACGUGACGCUGGCGGACGGCGCGCGCCGGCACCGCUGCCACCUCGCGCCGCGCCUCAACGGGCUGGUGCAGCGCGCGCGGCUGCGGGCGGGCACGCGCCUCCGCCUCACGCGCUGCUCGUACCGCUACGACGAGAAGCGGCUGAACCGCGGCUUCAUCUGCCUGGAGGGGCUGGAGCGGGCGGCCGGCAGCGCCACCGCCGCCCCGGGCACCCCGCUCGACGGGCACCGCCCGCUCCAGCCCCUCCGCGGCGACAACAGGCACUACCUGCCGCUCUGGAACAACGAGGAUCCCUACGGAGACGUGUGGGUGGCGGACAGGCCCCCGGUGCGGGUGGAUGUGGACGUCUCCAAACUGACUAGUCUUGGUCAUCUGGAAAUGACGUGGAGAAGCAGAGUGCAUUUCCAUCCCCUUCUUGUGAGAAUCCUGCACAAAUCUAGACUAAGGUACUAUGGAAAACCAGAGAAAAAAAUGGAUAUGCCUUAUCAGGCUUACUUUGAAGUUGCUGAUGGCUCGGGCAUGAUGUCAAUGGUUUUGUGGAAUUCUCUGUGCCCUGAAUGGUAUCACAGUAUGAAGGUUGGCACAGUGCUCCUCAUUGCCAAAUACACCAUCAAAACCAGUUACCCGUUUAAAACACAGCCCACCCCAGGGGAUUCACAGAUGAAGAGAUUUGCUACAAUUGAAAUUAACCUUAAUGUUCGAGAUCCUCCUACUGAAAUAAGUAUUAUUCCAGAAGAAAUGGUUAAGCCAGAGUGGGGAUUACCUGAAGUUAAAUAUAGGUUUAUCACAAGGUCAGAACUGGAUGACUUACCACAGAAUCAUUCCUGUGAUGUUAUUGGUCUUGUGACGUUUGUGGGAAGGGCUGAGCGAGCCAGAAAAAGAGAACACAGUGAAGACUUCUGGCUCUAUCGUUGGGCACAUGCCAUUGAUGGGACCUCAGACCAACCGUUCAUACUGGAAUUGUUUGCAACUUCUCAGCCAGAUGUGUUUGAGCAUAUUCAUCCAAUGACAUACUUGGUGUGUACACAGAUGAGAGUGAUGCAGGGCCUCACUGAGAAUCCUUCCAGGACAGUUUACCUUACGACUUCAAAUGAAAGCCAAAUAUUCAUUACAGGGUGGCACAAGGGCCAGCCAUAUACCAAGGAUGCCAAAGUGAAAAACUUCAUUCAGUGGAUGAAAUCACAAAGUGAAGCUGAUCAAAUAAAGAAAACUGUCAUCGGUGGCUACUACCCUUUUCCACGACCUCCUGAUAGCUUUUUGAAAUAUUGUAAAAGUAAUGAAGUUGAAUCAGUUUUGAAGCCCAUAGGUGAAAUAGGGAAAGAGAUUGAAGACCUGCACUACAGAGAGCACAAAAGAAUUGCUGUUCAGGGAAUAAUUAGUGCCAUAAGAUGCAUCAGCUGUAAUGAUGCAGCUGAAGAAGCCCCAGGAGAGGAACUUGUCCAGAAGGAUACUUCUCAGUCUCUUGGAAGUUCUUCUGUGUCCAAAGAAGACUGUGUUGACAAGGGAAAAAAUGAAGAAGUUAAGUCUUUUCUGGGACCACCCUGCAGUCCUGUAGGGGAACAUCAGCACAAAGCUCUGCUGUCAAAGGGGAGUUCAGUCAAGAGACAGACAACACGCAGAUUCAGAAGAGAUGCAGAACAGGGAGGUACGUCUGUUAGUCCUGUAUCAUCUUACCCCUAUUUUACACGGACUGUAAGAAGAAAACUUAGUUUAGAUGAAUAUCAACAUGGACAUUCUGUGCAAGAUAAAAAUGGACAGGCUGUGUCAGACAGUUUGCAGCACUGCACAGAUCAAGAAGGAGUGAGCAAUAUACUUGAAACUGAAGAGACUGGAAGAAAUUGGGAUUCCUGGCAGAGUGAUCUGUGGACACAAGUGAAAGACAAGUUGAUGAAUUAUUUUCAUCACAGCAAAAUUUUCCCAGAAAGUAUCCCAUGUAAAUUUGAUUAUGCGCACAAAGACUUACUUACGCAACAGUACAACCUUCAUGCAGCAGUGCACCAGCCAAUAGAAGCCAGGACAGAUAAAAACAUCAAUGAAUUUGAAAGUGCUAAUGGCCUUGGGUAUUACGAAGUGACAGUUCUGGGUAUAAACCAUGACAUAGCAAUAGAUGUUGCUUUUCUUCCUCUGUUUUGCCCUGACAAUCCUCACUUAUUUCAACUAGAAGACAUUCAGAAUGAUACAUUAUUGUCUUGUAUGAGUAGUAUCUCUGCAUGCCAGCAGAAGGCCACCAGCAGUGGGAGGCUUCGUGACACGUUUCCUCUUUCAGAUGAAAUUGUAAAAGCAGCGGAGGAGCUUGAUGGCAAACAUGUUAUCUGCAUCUUGGACAUCUGUCACUUGGGUGAUGAUAAGGUGGAAGUCUUUCUGAGCAAAAUCUACAAGACAGUGGAACCAGGUGUGCUGGAUCCAGUGUAAUUUAAUAACUUAAUUUUCAAAUGUAUAGUGUUUAAAAGGAGGCAAAUAAAUUUGCUGUAACUUGAAUAUUCCCUCUACACAUUGCACUUUUCUAGAACUAGCAGACACAAAUAAAAUCAGGAUUCUUAGGGUAAUUGUAAUGGUUAUCCAUGUAACUGGGAAAAAUAAUUGUUGCCUUUAUUUUUCAGUCUUGAAACAGGUUAGACAGUGUCUUGGUCACUGAUUUUAGAUGAAUAGGCAGUACAGUGAGCUGAUUAUUUGGCAGGAUACCAAGGAGUAAAAGUGGUUGUCAGCUGUCUUUCUUUGCCUGUGCACAGACAUACACAGGAAAUGUAUAUAUCUGGGUGAGAACUGAGAAGAGAGGCAAGCCUUCUUAAUAUUUAAGGUAGUGUUUGCUAAAGAAUUAAUGGGCUGAGAUAAAAAGUUAGGCUGGAAAUUCGAAUAAUUUAUAAGUAUUAGAAUUUUGAUGUUCUGUAGUGAUCUUUUUUAGUGAAAGCUACUAGAGGCAGCCUAAGUGCUCUUUAGGCUUGAAGCUUACUGUGAAAUGGAUUAAAUACCAUGGUGCCUUUAGUACUAUGAUCCAGGAACCCACUCUCAGUUCUUUUCACCUGAGCAAGGUCAGGUGCUAUGUUUUUAUAUGUCUGCUUUUGUACCUAGAGUGGAAGGUAGUGAGUAUAGCAUCCAAACCUUUUUAACAUAUUUUAUUCAUUAAUAAGAAUAAUGAAAUAUUUUUUAAAAAAAAAAUUUUAUUGGAACUUGCUUCUGGCUUUGCAAGAGAAAAAAUGUCUUUAAGAUGUGUAAUUAUGUCAGGAUAUACAGUUUGCUGCAUCAUUUUUAGGUGUUUUCUGAGUAGAAGUUAAGCAACUGUGAAAAACUGCUACUUCUACAAGAGCAAAAGACUGGAAAAUUCUGCCAACUUUUUGCCUGUACAAAGGACCAACUGGCUCCUGCUGGUCCAGAAUCAAGUAGCACAUUUUUCUCCUGUGUUAAACAGCCUCAGCUUGACUACAGCAGCAGUUGAAAUGCUGCUCUCAAUUCAAUUCUUUGAGAAGAAAGAAUUAUGACUUACCAGGUAAAUUGUACCAUUAUUGACCAAAGCCCCCAGAGUUAAUUCAUAGGAACAGAUAUAUUCUUAAGAAAAUUUUAGCAGCUUGUUGGUAAUUGGAGAUUACCUCUUUCCACUAGAAGCUCACUUGUCUGCCCUGGAGGCAGUGGACUUUUUUCUCAAAUACUUAAAGUCUGUGCCCUAUCUUCAGCUAAUGGUAAUUUGACAGAGAAAUGUAAUUGAUUUUGUUACAUUCGAGUUCAAAGGCAACUUCAGAUAAAAAGUAAUGAAAUUAAUAAAAUUAUUGUGUCUUUCUAGUGUAGUUUACAGUUUAAAAAUAUAUUAAAGAGAAUAGUUUACUUAAAUUGCACUGAAAGUCAAUUGAAUGUGACUGUAUUGUAUCUGUCUAUUUGAUAUGAAUCAGAAGUAUUAUCCAGUAAUUCUGGAGCAAUGUUUGUGAACUCAUGCCUUUCAGAGUACCCACAGAAGGCAAAAUGAAAGGAUACCAACCCAAGAAGAGCAGGGUGUUGCAUGCAGUGUUAUUUGUGUCAUGGUGCUGCUUAUGGGUAUGGGAAGGUGAGAGGCCAUUGCUCUGGAGUGAGAGUUACACAGCACUUCAUGUUCCAAACUGAGCCAUGCUGACUGUGUCAGCCAAUGUUUUUUAUCUACUUCAGAAUCGAAGUCUAAUUUUAAUUAAACUGCUCUUUCUUAAGGCGAUUUUUAAAGGAAUUUUUACAAAAGGACCGAUGUUGCUGACAUUGUCACAGAGCCACAUUGGUGAGAUGGUCCAGCCACCUCCCUCCAUCCCAUGCCAUAGAAGUGCAGCCAAAGGCUGUGGCAUUAAACUACUUAGUACACUUUAAAUAUAAAGCAUUAAUCAUUUCAUCCUAUAUUUUAUAACUUCCCAACUCUAAAAGAAAUAUCAGAAUUAUGUGGAAUAUAGAGAUAUAUAAUCUCUUUAAAAUGUUAAAGGAUAUAAUUUGGUUUUACUCAAGUGUUUGAAAUUUUUCUUGGCAGAAGCUGGGAAGGAGAGAUAUGUACUCUUGCAGAAUGGGGUGCCAGUGUUGGAAGCACAGGCUUUCUGUGUGCAGCUGGUGAAUAUCCAAUGCCUGUGGUAAACUUGGAGUUUUACUACUUUGGAUCAAUCUGUAGAGUCACCAUCCUGCUAAAUAACACUGAACUCAAUAUGUGGAGUUCAGUGCCUGAAGUUCUGCAAUAUUACUGUGUUUGUACCACUCUGCCUGUCUUCCUCCUCCCUGCCAAUCCAGCACUGUCAGACUGGGCAAAGGUCCUCUCUGCAAAGAAAUCACUUACUGUUUUACUUCAUUUGGUGUUUAUUAAGACAAGUGUAAAACCAAUAUAUUUUUGAUCUUGAGUCUGUCAAAACGCGUUAGUUUUGCCAUGUUAAUCUGAGAGUCAUCACUCCGGCAAAAUGUCAUAGGGAUCAUGUUUUUGCUGCUGUGUAUUGCUACUGCUAAAGGUAAAAUACUAUCAGAACAUAUUUCUUUACUUUGGAAGGUGUACCUGACCAAAGAAAUGUACUCUAAAACCUGUGCAUGUUUCUUACGUUUUCAGCAUUAAUUUUUUCAAAGAAUGGAGGAAGAUAUGCUCAUAUGUAGUCAGUGGUAUUUUUGAGUGUAUAGAAGAUGCUAUGUCGUAGAUCCUAAAGAGAAUAUUCAUUUUGAAUUAAUGUGAUGUAGAAGUUGUGCAGCAGUGAAAAGCAGAGAAUAUAAAUAAAUUAUUUAAUAUGUGUAAACAUC